UCGCCGCGACGAGCUCCCCGUCCAAACUAGGUUUUCCCCGCCGCGAGAUCUCUCUCUCGCCGCGACGAGCUCUGUUCCCUGCUGCGCCUUCCUCUCUCGCCGACGAGGUCCUUUCCCUUCUUUUAUCAGGCCGCCAGAUUCUUUCUGCACGAGGUUUCUAGGUUUCGGCAGCUCGCUCUCUUCCCCUUGCCGCUCACUCUCUUCGGUUCCAAUGUCGCUCUUAUCGAUCGUUUCCAAGAGAGUGUCACUGAUCCGACCCUCUUUAGCGUCUCUGCAGUAUUAUUCUUCGCCUUCUUCGUCUUCUUCGAAAGUUACAGAGAUAUACGGAAAUAAUACUUAUCUUGUUGACACAUCGACUCUGGUUAGAAGAUUAGAGGCUCAAGGUUUGCCUCCUAAUCAAGCGUACAUAAUCAUAUCAACAUUGACAACAUUUUUGAAUACUAGUUUAGAUCAUUUGGCACAAUCUGUUGUGUCAAAGUCGGCAAUCAAUGAGUUUAUGGCGAAACAAAAUUCUGACCUAUCUCAAUUCAAGUUAGAAAUGAAACACAUGCAGGAUGGUCAUUUUAAUUCGGUGGUACGAAAAAAUGAAAAACUGGAGAGAGAUUUUAAGAAAUUGGUUAUUAAAUUAACAAGCAAAUUUAACCGGGAAAUUAUGGAAGUGGAAGCAGGACUGGAAGCUGUAAAAUUUGAGAUUAUGAAGUACUGUGUUGGUACUUUUGUUUCAGCAGGAUCAAUUUGUCUUGCAUUCGUGCUAUUUUGGAAGUAGAAAUUAAAAGUAGACUUUGUUUGAUGACAAUAGUUGCUUUUGAAAUUAUGUGCUUUUAAAUGUAGAAAUUAUGACUACUUUAUUUAGGAUUAACAAUUAUUAAAUACUGUGUUGGUACUUUUAUCUUAGUGACAACAGAUGCUCAACUUGCUAUUGGGCAUUUUUUUGGAGUAGAAAUUAUGGGUCGAUGAUGGCUGGAUUAUAACUGAAUAUGAUAAUUAUCUUUAGAAACAUCCCAUUUACUUGCUGCCUCAAGUCUUCUUUUGCUUGCAAAAUUUAUUUUCUAUGGUUUGGUAAAUUCUCUUCCUUAACUUGGUUUAAAGUGAUGGUGAAGAUCACAUGAGGUUAUUUUGU